AAUACUGGGACACUGCAAGACAGCAUGCUCCUGCUAGACAGAUACCAGACACACAGUCUCUAGCUACAUCUGARAUGGCUAACUCCAGGGGUUACUCUCAAGUUUCAAGAAAAAAAAGCCUUGAAUCUCACAUAGGAGAAUGGAGAUUCCAAAAAGAACAUGACACAYCCGUGAAARMAGCUACAUGGUUUGCAGAGGAGUUGUCUUCUAGCAACCUGCUCAUGGUCAGAGCUACAGAAGUGAGUCUUGCAGUUGAACAGCAGGACCUCACUGACCAUGAGGACUGGGAAAUGGUGUCUAGGCACUCAUCUUGGGGAGAUGUAGGUUUGGGUGGCAGUCUUGAGGCCUCAAUGGACAGUGGCAGAAGCACUCUUAUGGAGGCAAGAGGUUGGGAAGUGAAUGGGAAAACAAAAAAGAUCGCAAGAAUGGCUUCAGAGUCUCAGCCAGUUAAUAUCAGGUUUCAGGUGCAUUACAUCACAGGCACUGAUAGGCAAUUCAUUGCAAUAACUGGAGACCAUGAGAAUCUUGGGAGAUGGAACACUUACAUCCCACUCCACUAUCACCAGGAUGGGUUUUGGUCUCAUUCUGUUUUCCUGCCAGCAGAUACAGUGGUGGAGUGGAAGUUGGUGUUGGUAGAGAAUGGAGGAGUUACUCACUGGGAAGAAUGCAGCAAUAGACUCUUAGAGACUGGUCACUAGGAUAAAGUGGUUCAGGGCUUGUGGGGGAUUCACUGA